GCUCUUAAAAACUGUCAACCAUGUGACAAGCCACUCGUACGUCUGGGAAGGGCAAAGGUAUCUACUGUAAGGAUUUUUACAGCUUCUGCAAAUGCCUGUAGGGUCACCAAAGGUUAAUGAUGGUUCUGAAGAGUCGAGACGCGGGGAGUCCCUCGGAGCAACAAGAGAGACCACUUCAAGUCGGUUUUUACGAGAUCAUCAGAACUUUGGGGAAAGGGACCUUUGCCGUAGUGAAAUUGGCAAGGCACAAAGUCACCAAAACUCAGGUUGCCAUAAAGAUCAUUGACAAAACUCGAUUAGACCCUUCUGAUCUGAAGAAGAUCAACAGAGAGGUUCAAAUCAUGAAGCUACUGAAUCACCCUCACAUCGUCAAAUUGUACCAGGUUAUGGAGACUAAAGACAUGCUGUAUAUUGUGACUGAGUUUGCUCAAAAUGGAGAGAUGUUUGAAUAUUUGACAACAGUGGGCAGGCUAACGGAGGCGGAUGCUCGACGAAAGUUCUGGCAGAUUGUGAAUGCCGUGGAGUAUUGCCACCAGCGGCGCAUCAUCCACCGAGACCUGAAGGCAGAGAACCUGCUCCUGGACAAAAACAUGAAUGUCAAAUUGGCAGACUUUGGCUUUGGGAACUUCUAUAACCAAGGGGAGCUGUUGUCUACGUGGUGUGGCAGUCCGCCGUACGCCGCCCCUGAGGUCUUCGAGGGAAAACCGUAUGAGGGCCCACAAAUCGACAUCUGGAGUCUCGGUGUGGUGUUAUACGUGUUUGUGAGUGGAGCGUUACCUUUUGACGCGGACAACCUCCACCUCUUAAGGCAGAAAGUCACUGAGGGACGAUUCAGAGUACCUUUCUUCAUGUCUCGAGACUGCGAGAACCUAAUCCGCAGGAUGCUGACGGUGAACCCAGCCAAGCGCAUCACCAUCUCCCAGAUCAAGCAGCACCGCUGGAUGCAGGCCGACCCAGCAGCAGCCGUCACAGCCGCAGCCGCCAGCCACACGGCCGAUCCCCUGUCACCUACCUCAGACAUCAACAGCCAGGGCCUGGGUGUCUACAGCGAGCACAUCCUCAGCAUUAUGCAGUCACUGGGGAUCGAGAGACAGCGCACCAUAGAGUCGCUACAGAAUGGCAGCUACAACCACUUCUCCGCCAUGUACUGCCUCCUGCUGGACCGGGUGAAACAGCACCUGUCCCAGCAGCAAAGCCAGCAGGAGAGGACAGGACCUCCACAGGCCUGCCCUGGCCCCGGUCCCGGCCCCUGCCCCUCACAACCAGAUCCGCCAGCCCAAGGAGAGGCCUCCCUGGGCGGGCUGCUACUUCAGCCACAGCCCCUCUCCGCCACUCCCCACCCACCAAAGACAAUAACCGGUGGAAAAGACAAAGAAAAAGACAGGGCGCUGGUCACUCACACACAUUCACAGCCACGUGAAGAGAGAGCGGAGUUGCCACGGCCUGUGCCACUGCUGGACUCCCCGUGGAAUGGUGUUCUGGAGAUGGCCAAGGCGUCUGCCAAGGAGGCCAUGUGCAAGGAGGUGCCACGUAUUGUGGUGCAGCUGGCGGAUGAGGCCAGCCCUUCUAGCAGCUGGAUGUCCCAGGAGAAGCCUCCCUCCCUGGGUUCUUUCCUCGGCACGCCCCUGCCCCUGCCCCCCUCUUCCUCCGGAGCCAUAUGCACACAGCCCACAUCAUCUGCGUUGGCCCACCCCCACCAGCAGGUGUCUCUGAGGCCCCAGGGCCCUGCUCCCCUUAAGACCCUGAGCCAGUCCAACCACCAGGGGCUGCGGGACCAGCCUGCCAGCCUGGCCGUGCCCUGCUUCCACGACGGCAGGAGGGCUUCCGACACGCUGCUGUCUCCAGCUUCCAAGGCCUUACCGCAACAACCACAGAAGAAGAGCAUCCUUAUGAAGGCUCCUCUAGCGUUCUCCCGGUGCGCGGGGCUACUGCGGCCCGCCUGGCUUCAGGAGAGGCCGUUUGGACCUGUGCCACUGAUCGGCACCCAGGCCUUCUUGCUGCACCCACUCUUCUCCUCGGCCAUGCCCGCACGCUCCUGGGAGUUCCGCCCGCGCUGCUGGGAGGUCGACGCGCCAAAAGUGCACAGGGCACUUCAGCCGGCCCAGCCACAGAUUCAACACAGACCAGCCCUUCAAGGCCCACUUGCCCAAAAACCCCCACAGCUGGAGCAGCCCAACCCCAACCCCUACCCCAACCACCUCUUCAAUGGACCUCCAUCCCCUCCCUCCCCUCCUCCUCCACCACCAUUCUCAUUCCAAUGCCUUUUCUCUCCACCUCCUCACAUCCAACAACAAGAGGAAAAAGAAACCACCCCCUCCACCUUGCACUCCACCUGCCACGUGAAGCCUGCAUUCCCCCAUCCUCCUCCACCACCACCACAGCCCCAUCAUCAUCAUCAUCAGCAGCAGCAGCAGCAGCAGCCCCAGCCACCACAUAGAGACAGAGACCUAGCCUUCUCCUUCAGCUCAUCACCCCCUGGUAACCCAGCUGCCGCCGCCUCGGCUGCCGCUGCUCUGCUGAGGACGAAGCUGCAGAUUAGUUCAGGCUUCCAGGAAUUACACAGACAACGCCCCCGCCCCCACCACCACCACCACCACACUGCCCCGACUCACCUGGCAACUGCUCAACAGCCUCCUGAUCUCCUCACACCACCACCUGAGCGAUUAAAAUGUGUGGGUGCUACUAGACAUUUGAAAUAAAUAAUGGACAAAGUAAUGGACAAAUACCUUGCACACCGUCCACUACACUUACAGUACCUUUGCUUUGGUUACAACAUUUCGGUCUUCAGGAAAUCUCGAAUGAAGACGGGCUGAACACCACCACCUGAGCGAUUAAAGUCUGUGGGUUCUACUAGACAUUUGCAUAGAUAACGGAUGAACGAGUAAACUCACCUGAAGAAGGUAUGAAUGCCCGGAAUGUUGUGAGCAAUACAAAUAAGUGUUAUGGAUGUUUUGCAGGAUAUUACUUUACCACUGGUAACAUCCAACGGACCCGUUUGAAAAUGGUGAACUGUACUAUCAUUCAAUAAUGGACAACCUCACACCCACACAUACUAUUUCUGCCAAUAUUUCAUCUGCAGCAUCGUUUUUUUCACACUCGAACAUUUAUAACACUUUUUAUACAAAGCAAGUAAAAAGCAAGGUAAUAUUAAAAUGUAAUGUGAUCUAAUAAAAAGGUCAAGCAAUGA